UUUAGAAGUCGGAAGCAUCAAAUCCAUCCACUCAUUUUCCCUCCCUCCCUCCCUCGAAAACACAAAGCCGAACACCAUGGAGGCUGGGAUCCUCCAUUCCCUCGCUCCUAGUCCUAAAUCACCGCCACCGUCAUUCUUCGCCUUCACAACCACCACCACCGCCACCACCACCUCUCCUCCCCUCCUCCUCCUCCCUCGACGCCGGCGUCCCAUCCCCACCGUCAAGGCCAGCGCCACCGGAGGCUCCGGGGACGACGAGCGGAGUAACCCCGCGCCGCCGACAACGCCGCCGGACGCGGUGGAGAUACGGUUCCGGAGGGGGUCGAGGAGGAGGAGCAGGCAGCAGCAGAGGGAGGACGGAGCGGGCGGGGGAGCGGCGAAGGCGGCGACGGAGAGGGCGACGGCGACGGCGACGCCGAAGAGGUGGGAGGAGAUGAGCGUGGCGGAGAAGGCGGUGGAGCUGUACGUGGGGGAGAAGGGGCUGCUGUUCUGGCUCAACAAGUUCGCCUACGCUUCGAUCUUCAUCGUGAUCGGAGCUUGGAUCCUGUUCAGGUUCGUCGGGCCUUCGCUCAAUCUGUACCAGCUGGACUCUCCUCCUCUGUCGCCGACGUCCAUACUCAAGGGCUGAGAUCGUCUCCAAAAUUCACGACUGGGUUUCUGCUCCUCAAGAGAAACAGAUUUGAUUUCUCUCUCUAGUUCCCCCCCACUUUUUGCUGUGUU